GUGUUGUUGAGGCUGGCGAGGUUACCCAGGCAUCUUGGCAUUCGUUUUUCGGGAGCUGGAGAGAGCUGACAAAACCCGAGCAUUGUCUGUGAAGAAAUAAUCACGCUGUCAAACCUUUGACUUUUUGAGCAAGUAAUGUAGAAGGUAAGUGUGGAUUUGCUGGUGCUUUCGAUAGUUGAUACUUUACCUUGUUUUUCUGCACAUAUCUUUCUUCCAUUGCGUUACGCAGUUUUCUAGAUUUCCGACUGAAAUUUAUACAUUACCAAUGCGCGACGGCAUGCUAGACAUGUUGUCUGGCUGUACAAAUUGGCUCGUCGUAAUACUUGCCGAACGGUUGGUUUUUGUUUGGCAAAUUUUCUCAACUAGUAUUUGCGUUUGUUUUUUAUUCGCGUUCCUCUACCUUAAAAAAAACGUUGUCCGUCUCCGUCCCUAAAAAAAACCACUUUGCGUUCGAAUAGCCAGUAAGUUAUAAUGUCUGAAAGCGCGUCUGAGUCUAAUUUUAAACCCUCGAUUGGUCUUCACGAGAAAUUUUCACAUCAACGAAAAAAACUCUUGCAAGAACAUACAAACCUUGAGUAUAAUCGUUUCGUGAAGAGAACAUUCCAUUUUUUAUACGUUAGUCACUUUGUUUUUCAAAAUAGAACGUAAACAUAAAUAUACAUUCAAAGAAAGAACCACUCUGAAUUCGAAAUUGCUGCGAAUCUCUCAAUUUAAGAAAAAGUUUUCUUAUUUUACGUGAAAAAUUUAAAACAAAUCAUAGGAUAGGAACUCUUUUUCCUGUAAUUAAAACAGGUAGUUUCAAUUUGUGAGAACAAAAUCGUAUUUCAUAAUUUGUUUGAAAUUUUUUUCUUAAAAUAAGAAAUCUCGAAUUUAGAGUGAACCACAACAAUGAACGCGUGAUUGUAGAAUUGCAAAUUACUUUGGUACUUAAUUUUUUUUGUCAGUUUAAGUCGUAACGGUUAGAAUGUUUAUUUUUCCGUUCAGUUUCACGAGUGGGAUUUAAACAAAGCCUUUUUACUCUUAUUGCUAGGCUCCAGCAACCUUAAAUAAGAGUGCUGAGAAAAAAUAAAAACUGUAGACGAAUUUGAACUGUAUCUUAUUCCAAGGAUUGUCAGGCUUGAUUCCUAAAGGUUACAACACUCCAAAGGGUCCAACUUCUCAAGGAUUACACGGGGUUCCAUAGAUUCAAUUCGCUAAAGGUUCAAAGAUCAUCAAGAUGUCUACAAGAACACAACACGUUUUUACAGAUCUCCCAGGAGGCCUAGCACUCCUAAACGUUUACAUAAUCAUGCACACUACCCCCCUCCCCCCCUGUGGACCAUGAAGAAUGGUCCACCUUCUAUACCUAGAAUCAAAUAUCAAAGAGAAUAAAAAAAAAUAAUGAUAACUCAGUGGAUAUAGUCUCUCUCUCAAAAAAACUGUUUAAUGUUCAGAAUACAUAACAAACUUAAUGGUCGUCUUGUAAUUCAGCAAUCCACUGUCUUCUUUUUUGCUCUCCCUUGACUGCAGCUCUACGCCGCUCUCGAUUUCAUCUCGCUCGACCUUGCGUUGGCUGUUCUGGUGAUUCAGGUACUUGCUCCUGAGAAGCUGCUUCAUUUGUAGAACAGCUUACUUCCAGUGGGUACAACAAUAAUCGAAGCGGUCUCCUUAAGAGUCCACUUCUACUUGAUCCACUCCCUUGGACUCUGACCUCAGCACCUCUACUCUCCCCAUCCUUGCUCAUCAGAAGCCGUUCCACCUUGCCCAUCUUCCAAUAGGAUCUUGGGUGGGUUUUGUCAUGAAACAAUACCAGAUCUCCGACAAACACUACCCUUGAUACCGCUUUCUUCUUCAAUUGGUUAUGGGCAUUUCGUAAUUCAAGAAGGUAUUCUCCUCUCCAACGCUUCCAAAAAUGAGUCAGAAUCAUAUCAAGGUGUUUUGCUCUUCUGUUCAGGUCAUCCGGUAAAAUUCUAAAAUCUGCAUCAGCAGGACUAUUUCAGGAAGGGUGCUGAGUCUUCGACCAACAAUGAGGUGGGAGGGUGUGAGGGGUUCUUCCAGGUCCUCAGAAGAGACAUAUGAAAUGGGUUGGCAAUUUAAGAUCAUUUCACCUUCUGUAACAACAGUUACCAGUUCAUCAUAGGAAAGUUUGGCUCGGCCGAUUGUCUUCUUAAGAUAUCUCUUCAGUGACUUGACAAGUCGUUCGUAAAAACCUUCCCACCAUGGGGUUUCUCUAAGUUGUAGGACCAUUAUUUUGAUCUUCUCUUGGGCAAAGUACUUAACAACACUGGGAUCAUAAGUAAUCUUCUCAAGCUCCUUAGAAGCACUCUUGAAGGUUUUGGCAUUGUCUGAUACCACUAAAGAAGGCCUUGAAUGAUGAGCUACAAAUCUUCUAAAGCACCUCAGAAAUGCCUCUGUAGUCAUAUUGGGCACAACCUCAAAGUGGACCGCCCUCGUAGAAGAACAAGUAAACAAACAAAUCCAGACCUUACUUUCUUCCUCACUGGUAGACUUCACAAAAAGGUGUCCAACAUAAUCCAAACCAAUGUCACAAAUGCAGGUGCCUCUCACUCUAUAGCUAGGCAGGGGUGGAGCUCGUGGAACCUUAUACGGUUUCCCUUCAAACUUCUUUCAUACUGUGUAUCUAAACAACAAACAAGGAUUCCAGCAUUCUUCAGGUACAAGCUUUCUUAUCUCGUCAACACGGUAUUGCAUAUAUUGCUGGCAGAAGUAUUCAACCAGACAGACAAGCAGUAAUACAACUUACUAAACACAAGAGAAUUAAUUAUUGUAACAAGUAUGUCUUUUCUAAAUAUAUGUUUAACUCGGCUAAUUUGCCCUAGGGCAGACAUACAAGAUGAUGCUGUGUUAAUUAUGUGGUCGUUGAAUGAGAGUUUACUAUCAAACACUACACUGAGGCUAUGAACUGAGGCUUCAAAACUAUCCCAGAAAGAAAUCCACUUACUGUGAUCUCCAUCGCACUUCUUUUACUCCAGCUUUGGCAACUGAACUUGAAUAUUUCUCCGCACAGAUGAAGAGAAAUUCGAUGUUGAAGCUGAAGGUGGCGAAGAAUUUCUCCUGAUGUGAACGCCACUUGCUGAUGUGCUUUCCGACACGUUCGCUUCGGUAUUUACAUCUGAACACACGACCUUUAAUGACAGGGCAUUUUCUAUGCUAGCAAUAGCCAACUGAACAUUUUACUUCAGCAAAUCUGCUCGUUCAAUUUCACCUUUGAUUUCUUCCUCGGCCACAAGGUCAAGAAUUUCUGCAUCAAGUUGUCAAAGAGUAUUGAGUUUCUGCUGUAGGCUGUCUCUUUGUUGUUUCAGCUUGAUUUUGUGUUCCCACACUUGAGAAAUGUCUCCUACUCCAAGGACAUCAAUAACAGAUAAAAUAAUACAUUUCGCACUUGACCUGCGUCCUGCAUGCUGUCGUCACUUUGCAGCGAGUUCUUCGGCCAUAACACAACACAACUUCACUCACAUCAGGUACGUAGAAUCCGCUUUUAUCCGGCUAACGAUGGACCAUGAAGACGAAUUUGAACUGUAUUUUACUCCAAGGAUUGUCAGGCUCAAUUCCUAAAGGUUACAACACUCCGAAGGGUCCAACUUCUCAAGGAUUACACAGGAUUCCAUAGAUUCAAUUCACUUAAGGUUCACAGAUCAUCAAGAUGGCUACAAGAACACAACACGUUUUUACGGAUCUCUAAGGAGGCCUAGCGCUCCUAAACUCUUACAUCAUCGUGCACAAAAACUUCUUAACCCUCACAAUGCUGAUGAAAAAAGCCCAAUGGUUUCUUCAAUGGGGAAGUAAGAGGAAUCAGAAGUUAUUCAUUUAUAAAGGAAUUUUAUGCGCAUGGCCCCUGAUGGAUAAAAGACUGCUUACUCUCUCUCUACCUCACACCAUUUCACAGACAGUUAAUAACUUUGUAUGAUGAAUUUUUCUGCUCUCUAAAUAAUAAUAAAUAAUGGUAAUAGGACUGAUUGGAGUCCAAUUCCCCUGUAAUCGUACAAGUGAUAAACAAAAUCGGACGACCGCACAGUCUGUUUGAGCCUCCUUUACUCCUUCAAUUUGGAAUCUAUAGCACUGAGCAAUCACUUUGCGACAUUUCGGAAGGCUAAGUUGAUCUCUAUUUCUAGUGUUGUACUCGUACAUUUUUUAGCACUGUGUGAGCUUUGAACAUCAAUAGUUAGGUGUCAGACUAUUCAGACAUUUAUAAAUCAUGGUAGUGUCCGGCAAGCGCAACAGUUCUUUUAUAGUAAGCCAGCCCAGUUCCUACAGUAUUGGGGAAAUAUGAUUGUACUUCCUGGUGCCAGUCAAUAUGCGCGCAGCAAAAUUUUGCAUCAGUUGUCCCUUCUUAAUAUUUUGUUUGAAUGUAUCAAACCAUACGGGGGAACAGUAAAAUAAUGUACUAAAUGUAGGAGAAUUUAGCAUUAUGUUUAGAACAAGUGUCUAACCCUACUUAUUUGACACAAACUAGAAAGUUAAGAGGACGCUAAGGUGAAAAUGAUUUGCACAGCAAGUUAGAGAUCCUAGGAAAUCUGUUCCAAACAUGAGUGGAUAUCCUGUGCAGAACUUAAGAGAUAUAUUUUUGUGUCAUCCACGUACAAUUCUUAUACUAAAUUUAGUUCCUGCAGGAAGAUCGUUCAUAUUUAAGCUAAAAGGCUUGGGGCUCAGGAUCGAGCUUUGAGGUACCCCAUGAGUUACCAUAAGGAGCUCCGACAAAGAAGUUCCCACUUGGGUGCAUUGUUCUCUAUUCGUGAGAUAACUAUGGAACCACUGUAAAGCUUUGUUCGAGGUGCCAAGCUGGUAUAGUUUGCUAAGUAGGGUCAAAUUACAUAGACUAUCGAAGGCCUUCCUUAAGUCAAUCAGUACCAUAGCUGUGAUUUGGCCCUGAAAAUAUGGUCGGUUACAUAUACAAGCAGGCUUAGAGUUUCAGUUGAGUACAGCUUCCGAUUUCCACUCUGAUGGCUAGUGAGGCGAUUUUUCUGCACCAAGUAGUAAUAGGCACAAGAAAGAAUGGGGUGCAUGAGGGAGUCUCCGUUCUUUUUGCAUAAUACUUCCAAGCAAGGACUACGAAAAAGCUAUGUUUUGUAGUUAUCACAGACAAUUUUUGCAAGGUAAAUCUGAUUUUUGGGAGCCAAAGCAACAACAGUUUUCGUCUUGAGGGAUAAAAACAUGAAACAAGUGAGGAGGUGCAUUUUAUCAGUUGUCUCAGAUACAUGUAUGCAAAAAUGCAAUAUACCAAUUAAAUUGUAAAAGAAACAUGCAGUGUUUUAAUUUCUGGUUGGUUGGUGUACAGUGGCUUAUAAAUUGUAGCUAUAGUUGCUUACGAUACAAAUGUUUUAACCAAAUCAGAUGCAAAAUAACCUUCUGGCUGAAACUCUUUCGAAAAAAUCCAAAUUCCCAAAAGGAAAUGUUUACCACAACUUCCUACUGAAGAAGUGUUCUUAAUAAGAUACUUUUUAAUAUUUCCUUACAGGAUGGAUUUUAUGGAAUGUAGCUUGGGAACUUGCACUUGUGAACAUCGGCCAGUCAAUCUUCACAGUAUCUCACAUAAUUUUCCAUCAGCUGCUAAUAAAAGCCGUGAAUUUAUGCAGAAUUCUCCAGCUUCUUAUAAUAAGAAGGAACACCAUCAUGGCCCUGUACCAAAGAGAACAAGAAUUGAAGGUACAGCUGUAAAUAAGGAAUAAAUAAAUGAUGAUUUAAAGGUAGCACAUCCACUUACUGGUUCUUUCACAAUCUGAUUCCUGGUCAAAUUGGAAUUUGGAAAUGUUGGUUUAUAAGGGAGGAGGAGGGAACCAGAGUACCUGGUGAAAAACCUCUUGGAGCAAAGGAAAGAAUCAACAUCAAACUCAACCCACAUAUGGUUGACACCAGAAUUUGAAGCCAGACCACAAUGGUGCGAGGCGAGUACUCUCACCACUGCUCCACCCUUGCUCCCCUAGGCUUUAUAUAACUGCAAUUUUAUUAAAUGCAAGUAUAAGUUUCACCAUUGUUUGGUCAUUUUUAUGAGGGUUUGAACAAUUACUGAUAUUUGGCAUGUGGCAUUAAUUUUUAAAUUUGACCGAGUCCAUGGCGAUUAACGAGUCAAACUGUUUAGAGAAGGUAAACAAAUUUAAUUUAAAUACCGUGUUCAACUCGUUUAAGUUGCUUAGAAAUUCGACAAAAAUGGUCUACUGAGAAUAAACUGCUAACAGUGCUAAAGAAUUUCGCUCAAAAUGUGCUUAAAUGGCAUUAUUUUGAUCAAGUUUACUCACGUUUUACACGCGACGGCAAAAUGGCCUUCUUCACGUCACAGACAAGGCCGCUACGCCGGGAAACUUCGCAACGACGGCAGCCGGAAGUCUUUCUAGCAGUAAUUUCACUUCCCCUCGCCGUCACAGACGUCUGCCGUCGUCGGAUCUUAAGCAGGCUAAUAAGCCCCUUUAUGUAUAAGCCCCUCCAAAUAUAAGCCCCCCAAACCGGUAAUGCAAAAAACCCUCUGUUAAAUCACCCUUCCAAAUACAAGCCCCGCUAGGGCUUGUCCUUGGAAAAUUGCCCUCAGAUACAAAGUAAAACAAAGCAAAAACGAUAAAUUACUUCCAACUAUAAGGCUAGCCCAAUCGAAAAGGGCCUUUCAAAAAUAUAAGCCCCGGGGCUUAUUUUCGGAAUUUUACGGUAACUAGUUAAGUCAAAGACAUUUUGUUUCAUGAAAAUGACAUCACUUAUCAAGGUCUCACAUUAACAACUAAACUCAAGAUAAAAAUUAAAAUGUGGCUUUAACAAAGCUUCGAAGUGAUUGAGCAUGACCUAAUAGAUGUAGAUAACCUUCUUGAGGGAAACAUUUCCAUUAAAUGGGCAAAACCUAACAGCUGAUUAACGGAUUGUUAAUGGCUUUUCAAAGUGUUGCAACAGUUUGACAAAAGCUUUCAUUGGCUAAGCAAAAUGUUGGUAAGCAUUUGAACUAAUUGUUUAGAUUUUCAACAUUUUGUCGCUGGAUGCCAUUUUUUGUAUUACAAAAAAAGGAGGAAAACGGAAUUUCAUUGAAUAAGGAUACCAGGAGCUGCUGACAACGGUAGGGACUUUAAGAUUCAAUGACGCAAUGGCAACAACAAUAUCUAAAAGAACAAUAGGUUUAAUAAGCAAAAUAACAACUUUGCGUGUGCAUCAUGCUUUUUUGUACAUUUCUUUACCAUUUUUACCCGACUAUGACAUGAAAAUGAGUUAUUUUGUGUUUUAUAGAGAAUGUACACAAACAACAAUGAAAUUUUGUUUCUCUUUCUGAACUUGAAUAUUUGCUCUUGGAAUUCAAAUUCAGGUUAUUUGCGUACAUUUGACAAAGUAAGUAAGUAGGAAUAAUCAUGAUAAACACUGAAAGAAUGCAAAUUCACUUUUUAAGUGACGUUCUCGUUGCUGUCGCUUCGUUGGAUCUUUAAGAACCUACUAUCAAAAGAAGAAGUGCCUUGCUACCAGCUUUACCAAAAUGUAUGAUGAUGAUGACUAUACAAGUUUACUCUGUGAGCAAGGCAUGCUGUUGUGAUGUUUCAUUUUUAGCAGCCUCAUUGGAGUUUUUUACUUUGGUAUCACUUUAUUUCUGACAACUGCUUGUUAUUUCCAGUGGCUGCAGGCACAAGAGGUGGUACCUUUGACUGCAGAAUGUGCGAAAGGGUGUUCAAAACAGAAGAAGACCUGGAAAAACAUCUCCUUAAUCAUGCUGAGCAUCGGCCAUACAAAUGCCCACAGUGCAACAAAGGCUUUAAACAACCUUGCCAUUUAAACCAGCAUCUGCGCACCCAUACUGAUGAACGGCCAUUCCCUUGCGAAGUCUGUCGCAAAUGCUUCAAGCAAGCAUGCCAGCUGAAGCAACACAUGAGACUUCACACAGGAGAGAAACCCUAUCACUGUUCUCAAUGCAGCCGCUCCUUCAAACAGGCCAGCCAAUUAAACCAACAUGUACGUCUCCAUACAGGUGAGAAGCCGUACAAGUGUAGCCACUGUGACAAAACCUUCACUCAGGCCAGCCAGCUUCGGUCGCAUAAGAAAACACAUGAUCCAAAGCCAGACAGGAAAGCAAGCAUUUCAAGAAAACCAAGGUCCACACCCCGAGAAGCUGUAGUUAUGCCCCCUUUCACAGCCAAGCCAGCUGCUCACUCAAUGCCAUAUCAACCAAGUCAGCCAAGCUUUAAUCCUGGCUUGAAAAUGGAGCCAAGUUUUGGUUUCAAAAGCACAUCUCCCUUUGGCGCUAACAGCAGUAUACAGGUAUGUCACCUGCGAGAGCUCCCUGUAACUCCUUUGCCACCUAACUACUCAGUUGAUUAG